AUGCAGCACACUUGGAGCCUGCUGGCCUGGCUGUGUGGCCUGGUGCCCGGGCUUCUGGGGGUGUCAUGGGGGGCAGAUUUCAGGCAUCACCGCUACGAGGACAUGGUGCGCGCCCUGUUCGCCGUGCAGAGCGAGUGCCCCUACAUCACGCGCAUCUACAGCAUCGGGCGCAGCGUGGAGGGCCGGCAUCUCUACGUCCUGGAGUUCACCGACAACCCGGGCGUCCACGAAGCAUUGGAGCCAGAGUUUAAGUACGUGGGGAACAUGCACGGGAACGAGGUCCUGGGCCGAGAGCUGCUCAUCAAACUGGCCCAGUUCCUGUGUGAGGAGUACCAGGCCCGGAACCAGAGGAUCACACGCCUCAUCUACGACACACGCAUCCACAUCCUGCCGUCCAUGAACCCCGACGGGUACGAGGUGGCAGCGCGACAGGGUCCAGAGCUGAAUGGCUACUUGGUCGGUCGUGGGAACGCCAGAGACAUUGACCUGAACCGCAACUUUCCCGAUCUGAAUGCCCUCAUGUACUACUACGAGAAGACCAACGGACGAAACCACCACCUGCCUCUGCCCGACAACUGGGAGCAGCAGGUCGAGCCAGAGACGCUGGCGGUGAUAAAAUGGAUGCAAAACUACAACUUUGUCCUGUCAGCGAACUUGCACGGCGGCGCGGUGGUGGCUAACUACCCGUUUGAUAAGUCCCGAGACCCCAGGAUCCGAGGGAGGACCACAUACGCUGCCACGGCCGAUGACAAACUCUUUAGGAAGCUGGCCAAAACCUACUCGUACGCACACAGCUGGAUGCACAAGGGCUGGAACUGCGGAGACUACUUCGACGAAGGGAUCACCAACGGAGCCAGCUGGUACUCGCUGUCGAAAGGGAUGCAGGACUUCAACUACCUUUACAGUAACUGCUUCGAGAUCACUCUGGAGCUGAGCUGUGAUAAGUUCCCGGCGGCGUCUGCGUUGCCCAGAGAGUGGCUCGCCAAUCGGGAGGCGCUGGUGUCGUACCUGGAGCAGGUCCAUCAUGGAAUCAAGGGCAUUAUCUACGACGAGAACAACAAUCCAGUGGGAAAAGCUGAGAUCUCUGUGGCUGGAGUGAACCACGACGUGACCAGCGGAGCGGAUGGAGACUACUUCAGGCUCCUGCUGCCGGGAACCUACACAGUGACGGCCUCUGCUGCAGGGUACCUCCCCUCCACCACCACAGUCACAGUCGGCCCCGCGGAAGCCAUUUUGCUAAACUUUUACUUGAAACCAGCACCAAAACAAAGCCUGAAAGUGAAGCCCCACAAGAGGAACCUGUCGUCGCACAAGGCCCCGCUCAAACUGGGCCCCAGAUGA